AUGGCGAAUCAUCGUAAUACCUCUGGCUAUGAUUUCAUUCGUGGCUCGACGCAACCAAAGUCUCCGUCUGGACACAAUUUGGACUCUUCGUUGGCCAAUUCGACAAAUUGUGCUAAUUUGCGACAUGGCUACAAUAAAGUGUCAGAUGGCUACAUUCCAGGCCGAUUACCAUUACCUGAUGAUUUUUUUCCUGUCCCACAGCUGAGUACGAAGGAAAAAAAGUAUUUACUUGGACUUGCUAAACGAGCAUGCAAAGAGGUCGUUUAUUAUUCGAGAGAAAAGGAUGGACCAAUGAAAUGGAUUCAAUUAUCGUCCGAUGAUGGGGUCGAUGUGUUUCAAGGUGUGGAUAAUUGUGGAACCAGUACUACUCAGGGUACAAAGGCACUUACGUACCUUCGAGGAACGUGCAAGAUUCAUGCAACGAUUGACGAAAUUUCCGACUUUUUCAAGCUCGACACACCCGCGAAAUUAUCUGGAUACGCACAGACAGUUGGCAAGGAUUUGCUGGAUCAGAAGACAUUGCUAACACUUGCUACACCGACACCGGAAAAUCCAAAACAUUUUGUGGCUAUCAAGUGGUCGGCAGUUGAAUCGCCGAGUAAAGUUACUCGAAACCGUGAUUUUUGUUACAUUGAAUGUCAUGAUGAGUUUAUUGACUCUAAUACGAAGCGACGUGGAUGGGUGAAGAGUAUUCACUCCAUUCGACUUCCAUUUUGUCCACCACUUCAUCGAAGUCAUGGACUUGUACGUGGCAGUUUUUAUCGUUCAGGAUAUAUUUUCACCGAAUCAGUGGAAAAAGGAUGCGUGGAUGCAGUGCAUACGCUGCAUGUGGAUAUUAAGGGCAAUGCGCCCAAUUGGCUCAAGAUUUUGGUCAUGAAACGUCGUAUCAAGAAUAUUGCUGAAAUCGAUCGACACUUUCAGUUGCAGCGAUUGACACAGGGAAAAUUGCUGGGAGACUUGGAACUACCAAAUAAGGAAAAAGUAACGCGGUGUCAGCUUUGUGAAACACGCUUUGGUUUUUUUCAUCGUAGACGUCUAUGUCGCAAGUGUGGCAAGGUAGUCUGUACUCCGUGUGGUAACAGUUUCUUGCUGGAUUAUGCCGGAUUUGGACCGAAAAAGGUGCAGGUUUGUUUAAAGUGUUCAGAGUCCGUGGUGUAUGGCACAAGUGUACCGAUGAUGGAUGGUGCAGGCCACAUUCUUCCGAACAACCCCGCAUUCAUGAAGUUCGAAAGCAGUGAAACUCGCCCUGCAUACUACGAUUCCCCGCCAGGUUCAAUGAUUAUGCUUGAGAUCACACAUCGUUCCGUUGAAGAGAACGAGUAUUACAUGUAUAAUAAAGACGGGAAUGGGAUUGCUGACAUGGAAGAGGCUAAACGAAUGAAUAAGGAGUUUGAGGAGACGCUAAAGAAGACCAGUGAUAAAGUAUUUGAACCAGCAGCUCAUCAAGCGGGAUUUCGAACCUCGCCAGAAUCUUUUCGUAGUGGCAUCAGUGUACCACGUGAAACGAUGUUAGCUAGAAAGUCUUCGGGCGUGAAUAACGAGUCACCUUUGUCGGAACAAAGGGGGGCUCAGAAUGACGAUAAUGGAUUGAGCUUGCCACCUAGCAAUAGUGAGCAGGUGCUGCAUGAAAUGCAUCAUAAAGAGCAAAUGCGCAGUAAGCAAAUUCAGAAGCUGCACCAAUACGCAACAGGCACGGGACCUAAGUCCUGCAUAAAUUAUUCUGUAAAGCCAACAGAGUACAACGAGCUACAGCCUUCAAGGCCGCGAGCUUAUGGAAUCGCGCGAAAUAAGUCGGAAGAACUCCUUCGACUUGGCUCAGAGUUGGGUCGGAAAGAUUACGAUGAGGAUGCUAUCGGUCGUGCAGGACCUGCUGCAACAACCAGCCUCCUCUCUGAUGAAUCUGGCUGCACGUCUAGGAGUGGAAUAACAAGGCCAGAUUUGGCGCGAUCUCGAUCCGGAUCCCAAGGCGGUAGCAGGGAUCGAUAUGGCAAAGGUGGCAGCCCCUGCCACCAUGAGGACACUGCAUCUCGUUACAAGAAUAAAAGCAACCAGGAAGGACACGAUAAUGUGGAACUUCAAAGAUGCAGUCAACAAUACUUCGAUGCCCGCAAUGCUCCAUUAGCGCUAGUAAGUGGAGGUCAGCAGCACCUCCAUGGGCCGAAAACCAGUGAUUGUGCUGAGCAUUUGUUUGACAAAGGUCGCUCGAUGGCAACAAGUUUCCUUAGCUUGAACGUUCCUGCCCCACGCCAAUUGCUGGGGUCUGAACUUGAAGAUUCUUACACAUUGCUGAGCGAUUCCAACCUCGAUGGAGCCUUCACAUCUCGUCAAACACAUCAAAGCGACGAUUUGGAGAAUCAAGACGACGAAGCUUUUCGUUUGGCAAUGUCAGCCAUGCGAUUAUACGAAGAAGAACGCGGUCCCAACCUGCAAGUCACAGAAAAAACGCGACAGGUUGCACUGACCAAAAUGAUGAAAGUGUAUGCGCGUGAAAUUAAGCGCAGUCAUAGCGACGAUUCCGUGCCAUAUAGAGACACUAUCUCUGACACUCGUCAUCUGAAUCAUAACGUCGGGAUUUUGCCACUGUUGCGACAAACAGUUUGUGAUGAUCGCAUACCGUCAUUUUAUGGCUCGCCUUUGCCAGUAUUCAGCCAUGAUGAUAUGAUUCCUGCUCGCCGACGCCAUCGACGCGCACCCUCUGCAAAACGCAGCCGAGGCGUAUAUCGCAGAAAUUUUCGAAAGGAUACGUACGCUCCGACGUUUAUGACAAAGCAGAAGACAAGUGAGGACACAUACGAGUACCGAGACCUGUCUGAUCUCACUACAAGUGCUUUCCAAGCCUUCCAUAUUAAUCCUCCAGGAUCAAAACAUGCUUCGAAGAUGACGAUUGAUGCGAUUGAGAGUUUCGAGGAUACGGACAGCAGCAGAAAUGGAUAUCGACAAGAUGCGGAUCAUGUUCAGCCUUCUGUGCAAGUUCAGCGGAGCAGUGCCAGCAAUACGCACGUGCAGUCUAAGUCUGACACGAAUGGGGGUAUUGUAGGUGCAGCUUGCGCUGUUGAAGACAGUAUUGAGAGUCACGAGGGGUCCAAGAUGGCGUGGCGUCAAAAUUCCAUGUACGGAGUGGCCGACUUGGACACCUUCAGUGAUAUGGAUCUCGCUGACCUUCCGCACUUGAUGCGCAAGGACGAUGUUGAUACUGCCGCACAAAGCUCGUUUGCAGACCUCCAAGACUGGACGGGGUGUGAUGCACAUGACACGUAUAAUGAAGGCGUUGAGUACGUUCCAGAGACUUGCUUGAGUGAUUUGCUGUCGUCACUGCAGUUGGAGGGCAUCCAACAUGUGGAUGAUGACGAUAGCGAAAGCCAAUCUUCCGACGCUUCUUCUCAUAUUGACUGGCAAAGUUCACUGCAAAACAAGUAUCCAGACGAGCAAGAAAGACAUGAAAGGCACUCGGAGUCAUCGUUUGUCCGUGCGUACUCUAUUGCGCAAAAGAUCGAAGUGGAAUACCUGGCUGAGUCUGAGUCGUUUUCCGAUCUCACCAUGGAAUUGUCAGAGAGUAUGGUGACCCAAAACGAUGAACAACCACAGCGUCAUUAUGGUAAGGCUCCUCCUAUGUUGGAACUCUUGUCGGAGUACUGUGACAGCGAACAUUCGUCUUUGCCGUCUCCUUUUAAGUUUGAGGAAUCCCAGCUGGACCUGGAACCCGAAUACCUGAAGGCCAUUGAAAAUGCAAACAACCAGCAACCUGUUCCGGUAGAAGGAGGAAGAUGA